UAAAAACAUCAUCGGGCAGCUUCCUCCUGGUCAUCCCUUUAAGAUCAUACACCAGUUGCCUGGAUCAGACUAUACAAGACAGAAGAUCCCUGGAUAUUGCCCCUUCUACUUGUCUGUGGAGACGUGCCCUGUUCUCCUGAAAGCUUUAGGUCUCCAGAGAUCACUGCAGCCUCAUCCUGCUUCUCACCCCACCUCCUGCUUUGUAUGUCUACUCCUUGCCUAGAACAGAAUCCCAAUCUGGAUUAAUUAACUCUGCAGCCCCCCGCAGAAGAAACAGGAGAGGGGGGACGUUUCAUUCCCCUUCAUUGCCCUGGGAUUUUUUUCCAGCUUCCAUCAUCAUCCUCAUCAUCACCACCAUCCCACUCCAACCUCUUCACUGCCGAAUAGCUAAACAUCCACAUCAUUUUUUUGUGCUAUUUGGGGAACUUGUGAUCCUUUUUGGCUUGGAUUUCCCCUCCUUACUCAAUGACUGCUGCAGUUUUCAUUCAACUCUCCCCUCUGCCACUUGUUUGUUUCUUCUCUCUCUCUGUUUUGCCCCCACAUUGAAUUCAAUGGGGCUGAUGAGGAACAAGCGUUUUGUACCCCCUGGUCUGGGACAGGGAGCUGGCCAAGGGCAGGAGCUAUCCCGGCCGGUCAAGAACCCCUUUGUGCAUGACCUGCGCUUCACCCCACUUCAGAAAGCCAAAAUUUUCAUCAUGACAUUGACCCUUUUCCCGAUCCGCCUCUUCUUUGCCGCUUUCAUGAUGCUCCUGGCUUGGCCUUUCGCCUUUGUCGCUGCAGUGGGCCGUACAGAAAAGGAACUUGAGAUGCCUAUGUCCUGUUGGAGAAAGUUUUUGGACAUAGCACUGAAAGUAAUUAUGAGGACAAUGUGGUUUGCUGGAGGAUUUCACUGGGUAACUGUGAAGGGUCGACAGGCUUUGCCAGCGGAAGCUCCAAUCCUGACCCUGGCUCCGCACUCUUCCUAUUUCGAUGCCAUUCCAGUAACUAUGACAAUGGCGUCCAUUGUGAUCAAAGCAGAAAGCAAAGACAUUCCUGUAUGGGGAACAUUAAUCAAUUACAUUCGACCAGUAUUUGUAUCCCGCUCAGACCAGGACUCUCGAAAGAAAACCGUAGAGGAGAUCCGGAGACGUGCUCACUCUAAUGGGAUGUGGCCACAGGUAAUGAUUUUCCCAGAAGGAACGUGUACCAACAGAUCAUGUCUCAUUACCUUCAAGCCAGGAGCAUUCAUUCCUGGUGUACCUGUGCAGCCUGUGGUUAUAAGAUACCCCAACAAAAUGGACACAAUAACCUGGACAUGGCAAGGCCCUGGAGCAAUGAAAAUACUAUGGCUUUCUUUAUGCCAAUUUCACAAUUAUAUGGAAAUUGAGUUCCUUCCAAUUUAUACUCCCUCUGAAGAGGAAAAACAAAACCCGGAUUUGUAUGCACACAACGUGAGACGUGUAAUGGCCAAGGCCCUGGGUAUGUCCGUCACAGAUUAUUCUUUUGAAGACUGCCAGCUAGCACUGGCCGAUGGUCAGCUUCGCAUCCCUUCAGAUUCCUCUCUCUUGGAGUUUGCGAGACGUGUUCGUAGUCUUGGUCUAAAACCAGAGAAACUUGGGAAGGAGCUGGAUAAAUUCUCUGAAAGCGCCAGGAAAAGAAAAGGUGAAAAAAUCAAACUGGAUGAGUUUGCAGAGUACUUACUUGUCCCAGUUACAGAUAAAUUAGAGGACCUAUUUGCCUUAUUUGAUGAGGAAAAUAAAGGCACCAUUGACUUAAGAGAGUAUGUCAUCGCCCUGUCUGUUGUGUGUAGACCUUCCAAGACAUUAGAAACCAUUCAGCUGGCAUUUAAGAUGUACGAGUCAGAAGGCAGUAAAACCAUUGUAGAAGAGGAAUUGGCUAUAAUCCUGAAGACCGCACUGGGAGCAUCAGAACUUAAUGUUACAGAUCUUUUUAGCGCUAUAGAUGGGGAGGAUAAGGGUAAAAUCACAUAUGAUGACUUUGAAAGGUUUGCAAAAAUGAAUCCGAAUUUUGCUGCAGACUAUCUCUAUCCAGACAGGGCGGAUUCGGAAACCUGUUUGGACAGCCUUUCUGCCCCCAACGGUUUCUGUACAGAUUUUACACCUGAAGAUACGGAGGCGUCACAUAACUACCCUGCGCAAAAGAAACUGAACUAAUUCUGUAACUUAAUCUUCCUCUCCUGGUGAGGGGUUGUAUAUGCAUAGUACCUCCUGAUAAGGCUCUGAACAUAGCAGUUCCUCAUGUACCUAUAUUUAUCUAUGUGAUGCUUUUCAACU